CAGAGAAACACGAAAGUGCAGAGCCCUACUUGUGUCUGUGCCCACGUUACUAGUGCCAAUACUGUAACCUGCUUACCUGCUGCUCCAGAACGCCCGGAGGUCUCGGGUCGGUGCUGCUGCUGCUGUUGCGGCUAUUUGUUUCAGAAAGAAAAUCCCGGCCAUCUGACGCGCAAGGAUUUGUAGGUUUUAAACGAAAUUGCUUUCCCCAGCGUGCAGAUUAAAGAGCGCGGGGGCGUUUCAGUGGCCAGAAGCCGCAAAUUGUAAUAUGCGCGCGAGAGUGACGGCGGCGGCGGCCGGCCGGCAGGCAAUGCUACAGGAGUAGAGGAGCUGGGCUGUCGAGUCGAGCUCGCGAGUCGGGGUGACUGACUGGCCGGGAGGUCUGUGGCACCAUGAGAGGCGUGCUUGCUGUCCUGCUGUGUCUGGAGGCGCUGGCAGCAGUCGGCGGAACGGCACGCGCCACUUCCAGCAGCAGGUGGGUCACACGAGACGCCGACACGACAAACAGGCUACGCAGGCCAAGAAGAGAAACGCAAAAAGAUGACGAAGCAGCAGCACAUAAACUGGGCAGUCCCAUCCUAAAAAGAAGUCCUGAUAUAACAAAAGCUCCACUUACAAAAUCUGAACAACUCCUCAGAAUAGAUGAUCAUGACUUCACAAUGAGGCCUGGAUUUGGAGGUCCUGCAAUUCCUGUUGGUGUCGAUGUGCAAGUAGAAAGUAUUGACAGCAUUUCUGAAGUUGAUAUGGACUUCACAAUGACUUUGUAUCUGAGGCACUACUGGAAAGAUGAGAGGCUGUCAUUUCCUAGCACUACCAACCAGAGUAUGACCUUUGACGGCAGAUUGGUAAAGAAGAUCUGGGUUCCAGAUAUGUUUUUUGUUCAUUCAAAACGGUCAUUCAUUCACGACACGACAACAGAUAAUGUAAUGUUGCGCGUCUACCCAGAUGGCAAGGUGCUUUACAGCCUGAGGGUUACCGUUACAGCCAUGUGCAAUAUGGAUUUCAGCCGAUUUCCUUUAGACACCCAGACUUGUUCAUUAGAGAUCGAGAGCUAUGCCUAUACAGAAGAUGAUUUAAUGCUGUACUGGAAGAAAGGAAAUGACUCUCUUAAAACAGAUGAGAGGAUUUCUUUGUCACAGUUUCUCAUACAGAAAUUUCAUACUACAACAAAAUUAGCGUUUUAUAGCAGCACAGGCUGGUAUAACCGACUGUAUAUCAACUUCACACUUCGGCGACACAUCUUUUUCUUCCUUCUUCAAACGUACUUCCCAGCAACUCUGAUGGUUAUGCUGUCUUGGGUAUCUUUCUGGAUUGACCGUAGGGCUGUACCAGCUAGAGUGCCUUUGGGUAUAACAACGGUAUUGACAAUGUCUACCAUUAUAAGAGUCAAUGCAUCAAUGCCCAUUUCCUACAUCAAAGCAGUAGACAUUAUCUCUGGGGUCAGUUUUGUAUUUGUAUUCCUCUCUGUCUUGGAAUACGCUGCAGUUAACUACUUGACCACUGUUCAAGAAAGGAAAGAAAGGAAGAUUCGAGACAAGCUCCCUUGCACUUGUGGUCUUGCUCAUCCUCGGCCAAUGAUGAUGGAUACAAGCUACAGUGAUGCAGAUGUCAAUACCACCGGGACAUACGGCGUGCCAGAGAAUGGGGACAAGCAGGAGAGAAUUUUAGUGCAUUUGGCCCUGGCCGAUGAGCGAACAUCCAGCAGGCGGAAGAACUCAAGGGGUUACAUCAGCAUGUGGAUUGACACCCAUGCCAUUGACAAGUACUCCAGACUUGUAUUUCCGGGUGCCUACAUCCUUUUUAAUAUAAUAUAUUGGUCCAUUUACUCAUAGUGAAGCAGUUAAAAAACACAGUCACCAUUACCUUAUCUAGACAGUGGACACUGCAGAAAAUUAUUUGACUUGCAUUUUUUUCCAUCUUUAUUGUCAUUGUAAAUAAUUUGUAAUUAUUUGGGAAGGGGAGAUAUAUUUUAUAUCAAGGGGGAAACAUUUCUAUGAUUGUCAUUUCAUUGUGUUAUGUUUAAAAAUCAUACAUACAGUAUUUAUGCCUUUUGUUUCCAUGUUGUAAUGACCAUGUUGAAGAACUUUGGUUCAUCUGGAUUUGUGUCCUCCAUUUUUUUAUUCAAUGCAAACUGUCAGUUUUCUUUCUGUACUGAUGAACACUGGAAAGAAGACCAGUCCAGUGCAAAGUACAUUCGCAAUCAGCCAUGUUAGGUCACUUCAGAGUCAUUAGUUGCCAGUUAGAUUAUGAGGAAAUGCGAGCAACUUCUGGAGGAAGCCCACAGAGGCACAGGAAGAACUUGGUGCUCUGUACAAAAGAGGCAUCCUAGCUUGAGGUUUUUAGGUUCUUAGUUGCUUUUUACAAUUUACCAUAUGCACAUAAUAUACACAUGGGCACACAGGGCAUUAAAAUGAUCGCUUAGAGGAUAACUCACAAAAACUGCAACACAGUAUGCAGCAGGAGAUGAGUAAACUGAACUGUGCAAUAGGUAAAACAUGAGAAUAGGCCAACACAAAUACAUAGUAACUGCCUUGAACCUGGAAGCUCAAGAGCCAAAGCAAACUUUAACCAUAUAAAGAGUCCAUUAGGUCAUGUGGAGUCCCUGAUAAUGCUGAAGCCCCUCCUUUUAGGCAACUUUAGGAACAUGGAACCAUCAAAUAAACUAGGGAUUGUGAACUGUUAGACCCCAAAACUAAUCGCAUGCCAUACCAAGUAACUUUGCCCAAUUUUCUCUUGGUUUAAUUUGAUAACCACUUCACUUGCAGAUGAGAUUAUAUAUAGCGACAUACAGCAUAUGAUACAGUUUUAAUAUCUGUUUGGUCUUCUUCAUUUACCAUCACAUUAAUUGUGGCAAACCCCAUAAGAGGUUAACUACAGAAUCUCCCGGGGUAUCACUAAACCAAGAAAAACGGACCAAGAAGAACAUAUUACAGAAAGGGGUGUAUAUUAAGUAGCACAAAAAAGAACAAGAUGAUUUUAAGUAAGACAGGAAAUGGCAGAAUGAAAAAGCCUCCCUGACUAUCCUGUCUUUAGCAGUUUUCCACUUCUCAAACAGCCACCCAGCACCCUCACUUCUCUAGUCCUCUAACCCUCUGCCUACCUUUUUCUACAUUCCCCGCCUUUCUUCUUCUUGCAAGUGAGACUUUGUCCAUAUUACCUCUGGUGACACUAAAUCGGCGAGGCAAGUCACAAGGUCAGGCGUGGUUAACGGUCCCCCCUUCAAAUAUGUGAAACAAGCCGAGUUCCUGUGAAUGUGUGCUCAGAUGUGAUCAGCUGAAGAUUUCAGGGGAGCCGAGCUGCUCUCUAAGGGUCCCCUUUAACGUCAGGAUGUGAUGUUGUUUUCCAUGAUAAUGAAAAUUACUACAAGCAUGCAAAUAUCAUUUUAGAGAGUGUGCCAGAAUCUAGCAACCAUAAAAAUGUUAGAAUCCAUUUCUAAUGUUUAAUCGCAUUACAGCUCCAUUCAAGUCAGCCAUCUAAAAGUUCAAAUGAAAACAAGCCAAACACAUCAGUGGUAUCAUUUAAAGCAUUUCUCAAGAAUGUCUGAGAGCAAUUCCAUCAUAAAGUCCACAGCAUGGAUAAGAAAGGAAAAUGUUUGCUUGUAUUGCUUGUUUAUGUCUGUUGAUGUAUUUCACUGUAUUGUGUUUCUAAUCUUUAAUGUUGAGAGUCUAAAAAGCGAUAAAUGUUACCAUAUUUUCUUACUGCCAGAUUUUGUAAAUCAGGGUUUACCGAAGGACUUUUCUGCCAUUUUGUGCAGCAGUGGGGCAUAACUCGGGAUUCCAGUUGGCCACCAAGCUCCUCUGUGAUCUUUCUACUAGCCCAAUGAUUCAUCUUAUUAUUUUCAUGUUUCAAGGUCUUCAUUAAUUAAUAUCUUUAAAUUAAAGUGGUGUCUUAGGAUGCACCUUCAUUACUAACGCUGGUGGCUCUGUCUGGGUGGAAUUUACAAGUUCUCCUGUUCUCUUCCACAGAUGUACACAUAAGUUGAUUGGCGACAAUAAAUCAUCUGAGUGUCACCAAGUGUGAGUGUGUGCCCCCCAUGACCACAUGCUUGAUGAUGCUGGGAUCAGUGCCAGCUCCACACAACCCUUGUAAAGAGCAAAAUGGGGUUCAAAAAUGGGUGGCUGGAUGAAUUUGUAUAAAGAAUAUCAUGGCUGUCAAGCAAAUCACCCUUAUAAGCCAGAUAAAUAGUUCUGUUUAUUGCCAAGUCAGGUGAAGUACACUGGUGGGCUCUAUGACCCUCUGUGGCCCAAGCUGUGCCAGUCUGGCCACCCCUAACUGCUUUCUCAGCAGGUUUCAGCAAAGUGAAAAUCUGUUGUAUCUCAUGCAGGUUGUUACUACUGCAACUUCUGAAGCCAUCAAUAAACAUCAUUUCUAAAGACA